AUGAAAUUAACAGUGGAAAACAAUGAUGCGCAAGAAGGAGAGCAGCUCUCAGAGCAAUUGGAAUCUGAGCUUAAUCCUGAGUCAAGCUCCUCAACAACAGCAUGUUGGUCUUCUUGCGGAACUGAACCGGGCGAAGCGAGAUGCAGCGGACAAGGAGAAAACUUCAAAGGGGACAAACGGUCCGUUGAAUAUUCCUUCACGGUUGCCGCUUGCUCUAUUUCAGCUAUGCAACACCCAACAACAGGCUGCUCCGAGACAGAGAGACGUUUCCUCUGCACAAUGCUGAGUUCAAAAAACAAAGAAUGCACUGCUGAACUAGUUAAAAAGCUGAAGCCGGGGCAACAAUGCUACACGAAAUGCGGGGACCCUCAUUGCCCCGAAGGUGAUUUCAAUGAACCCAGUCCGACCGAAGACUACAAGUAUCUGGAUUGCGAGGGAGGAGCUUAUAGGACCCGCUGCGCUGUGCGGAAGCAUGAACAAACAAUCGAAUUCAACCCAGUUGCUGUUCCUAUGACUGUCCCAGUGGAAUAA